CCUUUUAUUUAUUUAUUUAUUUUUCAAAAUAAUUUGUGCUGUCAUUAUUGUUGUUGUGGCUAUGCCUCACACAGAUGACCAACUCCAAGACCAUCUUUGCAAAGAGAGAUCAUAAUAUUCAGCAAAGAAUGUCUUUUGACAGCUAAACAAUUUUGAGAUGUUGUUAUCCAAAUUGCUGAUUCCUCCUCAAAUGGAAGCAAGACUGCUCAGAGCCUUGUCACAUGCCUUUACCAGACCAAUCUCUGUGGCCAUUCCUGCAUCAUCACUGUCACUUGGAGCAAGAACUUGAUGGGGCAAGCCUUGAGUGUUUCCAUUGAUGAUUCCAGCAAUCAAUGCAUCUCCAAGGUUGAUAUCAAGCCAUGGUUAUUCUCAAAGAGGAAAGGAUCCAAGAGCUUGGAGGCUGAUAAUUGCAAAGUUGACAUCUUUUGGGACCUCUCCACUGCUAAAUUUGGAGCCAGUCCUGAGCCAUUGGAAGCUUUCUUUGUUGCAGUGACAUUUGAUCUUGAAAUGGUCCUCCUUAUUGGUGAUCUUAUCAAAGAAGCUUAUCGAAAGACGAAUGCCAGCCCUCCUCCUUCAAAUGCUGUCCUUGUAGCUAAAAAAGAACACAUUUUUGGCAAGAAGUUUUACUGCACAAAGGCUCAAUUCUGUGACAAUGGCCAAGUUCAUGAUAUUGCAAUAGAAUGCGAGACAAUUGGGCUUAAGGAACCUAGUCUCGAGAUUCGUAUCGAUAAGAAGAGAGUGAUGCAGGUGAAGAGACUGUCUUGGAAAUUCCGGGGCAACCAGACGAUCUUAAUUGACGGCCUUCCUGUCGAAGUGAUCUGGGAUGUGCACAAUUGGUUGUUUGGCACACCCACAGGAAAUGCAGUGUUUAUGUUUCAAACUUGUAUGUCUACUGACAAGUUGUUGCCUUGGUCUUCGUCUCAGAUACUCGGAGACUCUCAGCUUCGAGGCCUCGGAUUUUCUUUGAUCUUGCAUGCGUGGAGGAAUGAAUAAUGAUUAGCUAGCUGUCUGUGACACCGGAGGAUAUCUUUUAAUUCCUCCUCUUGAGUGGUAACAAAUACUUCAGUGAGUUAUUUCUUACAAUGAUGUGCUGAGAUAUCGACUUUUGAAUUUGUUUGAAUAGAAUGUGAGUUUUGUGUCUCA